UCCGCUGAACACGCUGGGCGUAGUUGUUGAAGUUGCUGGCAAAUUCACUUAGAUUUCUUUUUCUUCUUUUUUUGUGACAACAUUUAAUGUCAAAGACACAAAAGUUGACUUCUGCAUGAAGAUGCUUGUCCUCCCCGCUGCCGUUUUCGUGGGGACUCUUGCGGUCAUAUCAAACGUGGAAGCGGCCAAAUGUCCUCGAGUGUGCACUUGUGACAGUGCCAAGCUCACCGUGGCCUGCGUUGGCAAGAACCUGACUGGCAUCCCCCCGACUAUUGACGAGAUCACAGUCAAAUUGGACCUGAGGAAUAACAAUCUGCAGGUUCUCCAAAGAGGAGCAUUUGUGCACACCCCUUUCCUCACCCACCUCAAUCUACAGCGAUGCAACAUUGUGAAGGUGAAGGAGGGAGCUUUCCGCAUGCUGGGCCGCGUGCUCUCCCUUAACUUGGCCUACAACAAAAUUGACAUCCUCUACCAGGAGUCUUUCGAUGGGCUCUCGUCUUUGAAGGAGCUUCGUUUGGACCACAACCGUAUUGAGGAGAUCCAACCUGGAGCCUUCUUGCAGCUUGGCUCACUCAACAUGCUGGCUCUCGUCCACAACCAGCUGGUGUACAUCCCCAACAUGGCCUUUCAGGGCCUGCAACACAUCAAGUGGCUUCGUCUCAGCCAUAACUCCAUCAACAACUUGGCUCCCGAGGCAUUCGCAAGCUUGUUCACCCUCACCCGCCUCAGUCUGGACCACAAUGAGCUGCAGUUCUUCCCCACUCAGGCGAUGACCAGACUCAAGGAGGUCACGCACCUGGACAUGAGCCACAACCGCAUGAUCUACCUCGGCGAAGAGUCCGUCUCCAUGGCAAAGCUCACACACUUGUACCUCAGCCACAUGUCUCUUCAGGACCUGUCAGAUCAGGCUUUGUCAGAAGCCCCUCUGCUCUCCCACUUGGACCUGAGUCACAACCAGCUUCGUUACCUGGAGCCUCUCGCGGGCCCCAGAAACCUUGCCAGCCUCAACCUCACUGCCAACCCCAUCCACUGUAGCUGCUACAUGAGGUCCCUAAGGAACUGGGCGAGCGUCGGCGGUGUCAAGCUGCUGGGAACCUGCGCAGGACCGCCUCACCUGUCCGAAGAGCCGCUCGGCGCCGUGGCGGCCGUGGACAUGCGUUGCCGCAGCGGGGGGGACCCGCUGAAGGACGACUUUGAGGAGGAAGCGAUUGCUGUCAGCAGCCCGCCGACAGCCAAACCCAAACGAAACGUCAGGUGUCCGGUGAACUGUGACUGUCACAUCGAAGCACAGCAUGCCACGUGUGAGAACCGAGGUCACACCAAAAUUCCGCGAGGCUUCCCUGCCAAAACUCAACUACUGGACCUUCGUAGUAACCACUUCCACAACCUUCCCCCCAACAGUUUUCCAACCGCCGGCCAAGUUGUUUCCCUUCAUUUGGAAUUCUGCAAAAUUCGUGAGAUCGAAGGUGGCGCCUUCCGAGGAAUGAAAAACCUGUUUUAUCUGUAUCUUUCUGACAACGACCUCACGUCCUUGGGCCCUGAAACGUUCACUGGAGCGCCGGCGCUCAGCUACCUUUACCUGGAGGGGAAUCGUUUGGCAAAGUUUCCUGGUUCAGCUCUGCAACUCUUACCAAAUCUGUUUGCGUUACACCUGGAACGCAAUGCCAUUUUAAAAUUGGAACCCACAGGUCUGCUGUCCGCUGUAACUCCAAAACUAAGAGAGCUUUACUUGACCAAUAACACCAUACACACAAUUGCCAAGGGCGCUUUGGACUCUGCCUUCCUUGGUAAACUUCACCUGGAUUCAAAUAAGCUGACAAACAUUCCGACGGAUGCGAUAUCCAAAGCCACCAGUCUGGAGGAACUCAACCUGUCUCAAAACCGGAUUCUCUCAGUGGGACCAAACGCAUUCCGGCCAAUAUCUCAAAGUCUGAAGUGGCUGUACAUGGACCAGAUGGGCACCGAGAAGAUGUCUCGGGACGCUCUGGCCGGGCUUGGUCCAGGACUGAAGGCUCUUACGUUGAGAGGAAACCAGCUCAAGGCGCUUCCUGACUUGGGCUCUCUCACGGGCUUGGAGGUGUUUGACGUUCAAGACAAUCCUCUGCUGUGUGACUGUACUUUGCUGCCGCUGCGCAGGUGGAUGGAGAAAGUGAGUUUGGAGGUGGCCGCUACCUGUGGCCUCCCUUCUAAGCUUAAGGGGCAGAAAGUCAGGGAUCUGGAGUUAUUCAAGUCCUGUCCGGAAAACACCUCCAACUCAGGCAGAAAGCUUGUGGUUGUUGCGGCCCGUGCUCAUGUAAAAGCCAAGGAACCCAAACUCAACCUGGUGAAAGCUUCUGGAGUCAAGACCAACCCGGGAAGAAACAGCACAAAACGACCAAAGCCAAUAAAGAAAAAGCCUCAAAGGAAACUAGUUGUACCAACGGUGACCAAAAAGAAGAAAGUCAUAAAAACAUAAAACAUAUAAUCAGAUGGGCUAGAUUUUU